AUGGAACAUCUCAUUCGCACUAGAGAUCUUCUCAAAACCACCUUACACCAAUCCACCCAACUAGACCUCCAAAUCCACCAAACCACCACCAAUCUCUCCCGUAUCAAUUCUUCCAAAUCCCACAUCACAAACAUCCCCUCUCUCUCCACCCUCCACCACCACCUCCACCGUGCACUUCCACCCGUUUCCGCCGUCUUCCAGGUCUACCAAGUGGUGGAGGAGCUCGGGGGUUUACUCUCAGACCACCACCCAUCUCCCGACCUCCACCACCACCUCUCUCUCCUCAAAAGAUUCAGCCAAGCACUCACUCUUCUCACCAACACAUGCAACUUAGCCAUCCUAUGGGUGGAAGACAUCAACACAACCAUUGUUGACAACCUCUACCACUCCAAUGUCUCUAAAACUCUCCAUAUACUUAAAGAGUUGCAAAGGUUUGAAGAACGUUCUCUUCUCAAACAUGGAAUUCUAAAUGUUGCUUUUGAGAAUUUAAAACAUGAAUUCACAACUCUUUUAAUCGAAAACAGUUUCCCUCUUCAAGUUCCUUUGUCUCUUUUCUCAUCUGGUGAUGAUGAAAGUGAUGUAUUUGAUCCAAUACCAGAAGCUUUACCUUUCCCCAUUGUCAAAAACCUACAAGAUAUCGUUGCAUGCUUUUCAUGCAACAAUCUUGUGGACCAAUGCAUUCAUGUUUAUAUAAAGAUCAGGGGCACAAUUGUCCAUAGAAGUUUAGAAGGUCUUGAUUUGGAUUAUUUGGAGAUUACAUUAACAGAAUUUCAUAGCGUGCAAGAAGUAGAAGGUUAUAUAGACGAAUGGGGGAGACAUUUGGAGUUUGUAGUUAAGCAUCUUCUUGAACUUGAGUACACACUCUGUGAACACGUGUUUAGUAAGAGCAUUGAAGUCAACGUGUGGAAAUAUUGCUUUUCCAAAAUCGCCCUCCAAUCGGGAAUACAGAGUUUUAUCAAAUUCGGGAACACAAUUACAAAGUGUAAGAAAGAAGCAAUCAAACUUUUCAAGCUCCUAGACAUCUUUACCACUCUCAACAAUCUCAGACAAGAUUUCAACAGAAUUUUUGGUGGAAAAGGAAAACCAUGUUCAGAAAUUCAAAGUCAAACUAGGGGAUUACUCAAGAAUGUGGUCAAUGGGGCAUGUGAAAUUUUUCAAGACCUUAAAGCACAAGUUGAGCUACAAAGACUAAACGACCCUCCACCAGAUGGGACAAUUCCAAAAUUGGUUAUCUUUGUAACAGAAUAUGCUAACGAGUUGUUAGAUGAUGAAUACAAACAUGAACUUGAACAAGUUCUAAAGAUCCACUCCAGUUGGCAUAAUGAAAGUAAGUUCACAAAGGGAAUUGUUUCAGUUGAAAUUAAAAACAUAGUGAAAUCACUAGAACUUAACUUGGACACAUGGGCAAAAAGAUAUGAAGAUGCUUCUUUAUCUUAUAUUUUCUUGAUGAACACCAGUUGCUACUUGAGCAAACAUCUAAAGGGUACAAAGCUUGGGGAUCUAAUGGGGGAAUCUUGGAUAAAACGACAUGAAGUUCAUAUAGAAUACUACACAUCACUUUAUUUGAAAGAAAGUUGGGGGAGAAUUCCAGCUUUAUUAAGCAACAAUGACAGAAACAAAAUGAAAGGAUUCAAUGAUGUAUUUGAUCAAGUGUUUAGAAAACAAUCUGAAUGGGUGUUGUGUGAUAGAGAUUUGAGAUGGAAAACUUGCCAGAUGAUUAUGGAAGUUGUAGUCCCUGUUUACAAGACCUUAGUGGAAAGUGGAGCUACUCAUAGUCCUAAUAGUAAUAAGUAUUUAAAAUAUAGUGAUGAGAAAAUAGAGAAUAUGUUGACUUCCAUGUUUAGGUCAAAGUUGGAUAAGUAUGGUUCUAGUGCCAAGUGUACAAGCUUGAUGGGGAAGAUCAAGAAUGUUGUUACAGGUCAUUUCUCACCAGCAAAUGUUGCAGCUUGA